AUUUUUAGUUUAUUGUUUUAUUAAAUAAGUUGUAUUUUAUAGUAUAUUCAUAGUUAUUUAAUAUAAUUGAUAAGUAGAAAAAAUAUCUCUAUGAAAUUUACAGUUAUAAACUCUUUGUUCGUGUUGUGUACAUGUCAUCAUGACUUCUGAAAUUGAGUCUUUGAAAACAAAUGAAUUUUUACGCCGACGUAAACUCAGACUUCAGCAGGUCCGAGAACAAUCGAAAGAUAUAGCAAAGAAACUUAGACAGCGCGCUAAAGUAGACAAAUUCCGGCAAGAGCUUGACUCAAAAAAGGAGAAGGAAUAUUUACUACAUCAAGAAAAGUUGGUAAAACGAUUAGAGCACUUGUAUGCACAAGGUGUGAAAAGUGUGGGAGAAGGUCACAAAAAAGCUUCAGAAGUCAACAAAAAUGAAGUUUCACCAGACAAAAGAGACUUGUCAAGGGUACGAGGCAAAGAAGCAGCAGCAGAAUUAAGGAAAAGGAGACAGGACAAACUAGAUGAACAAAAGAAACUGCUAGACAGGAAACUAUUGGCAAGAGAAGCUGCUAAUGAAAUUAGUAGGGAAAAAUCAACCAGUGUAGCAAACAAAUUGUUGUCAAAACCGUCUACAAGCAAAGUUACAGGAGAAACUAACCAUGUUGAUGUAGAAAGUAAUGCAAAAGAAAGUCUGAAUGCAGAGCACUCUGAAGUGACCAAGAAUGACAUGGCAACUCAAUGGGACUUCGAAGAAUUGCCCAACGAGUGGGAGCCCAUAAUUCCAGCCCUUUCCUUGCCAAAAGAUGACAAAGAAAGCCUAAAAGAUUCUGCUAAUGCAGCCGAAAGCAAGUCUGAUAAAAGUAAAAAGCUUGAUCUCUUCGCUUUGAGUGCAGAAAUGCCAUCAAGCUUACGAGGUGGCACCACCCAUGUAGCAGCAGAAAGACCUUCAGUUAGACCUUCUUUGACUUUAGUCUCUGAAUAUUUGCAAAGCAGGGCCCUGAGACUGCGAGAAACUGAUACAACAGGCUCCAGCAAAAAACAGCCUGAAAGGCAGCCUGAUGACUUACAGAACUUGAAGCAAACAAUAUUACGUUCCAGGUCUUCGAAGAUUGAAGGAAAAGGAAAUACUGAGAAAUCUACUGCAUCAAGUGGUGUUGACAGUAUUUUAACUAAGAAGAAUUCAGUCACAAUGUACAACCACUCCACUAGAGAUUCCAGAGAGAUGCCUUGCGAAGAUCCUGGGCUUGUAGUAAGAGAUGACCAACAUUAUGAAGAUGCCUACUCACAAGCUCUCAAGGAAACAAAAAUUGACAAUUCUAAAGAGAAGGAACAUCAAAGGAAAUUACAAGAAAUGAGAAGCAAAGUGGCCAUGACCAAACAAACUGUUGAAAAAGAAUACAAUGACACAAUGUCGUUUUUGAAGACUUUGCCUAAAGAAAAGUGCAGCAAGCAUGUGAACAAUGCUCAUAUGGAUGAAAGGCGUCAGCAUAUUUUGAAAGUGAGCCGCCAACAAAAACUUCAACAUGAGUUCAACAAAAUAGAGAAGGAGUGCAGAAGGAAUUGUGCUCAGAAUGCAAAAGCUAGACAGACUACACCAGAAAAGUCAAGACACAAGUCAAAAUCUCCGGCAAAAAACGAUUUUGAUGACGACUUUGACUCCAGAGAUCUACAGUACUCCUGGAUGCCUGUCCCAGAGAGCGACGGGAAUCUGGCCAUUCAUACAAUACCCACUUCGUUGAAGGAAGCCAAAUCUGGCAAUACAGUUAAAUUCAGCAAAGUAGACAGCUACCACGAAUAUAGAUCUCGGCACAAACACACUCCUCCUACUAAAGAUACAAACCCAGAAAGACCAUCCAAGAGGGUUGUUGAAACUGUUUUGAUUCAAAAAGAUGACGAUGAUUCCACAGAUUGCUCAUCCAUUUCAUCUGACACUAGCUCUGUACAAAAUUUAAAUCUAGAGAGAAAGAGAGAGAAACAGCCAGAUGAAACAAUGUCAGAAGCAGAUAGAAUUAUUAUUUACAAGAUCUUGGAAUCGAAAUUAGACAAGAGUGAGAAAAAGAAGAAGAAGCAAAAAUUAAUAAAUGAUGUAUCUAAAGUUUUGAGGUCAAUGAAUAAAGAUAAAUUAAAGAAAACAGAAAAUGAUGAUAAUAACAAUGAAGAAGAAAAACUUAGCAAUUGUGAUGACAGACAGGUGGAAAUAGGUGUUCAAAACACUGUUUCCCUUGAGCAAGUUAAUGAAGGUGUCUAUAAGGUGGUUAAUGAAAAAGGGGACAACAUAACAUCAUUAUACUUCUCGGAUAAACCGCAGCAGACCCGCAAAUUACUGUUGACUGACGAUGACCUCAAGCACGGCCGGCCUUGCUGUUGCAAAAAAGCAAGAACCGACCUGCAGAGUGACAAGGGUACUAAUCUUCACUGCGGGAAUGGCGAUUUAACGGCAAAAAGAAACCCAAAUUGCCUGGGCUGCGAAUGCGGUUGUAAUGCUGACAACGCUGGUGCUAAGCCAAGAGACCACAACACUUCAGAGAUCCAACCUUCGGCUGCUACCUCGACUUCCUCGUUCAAGACAGCUAAAAAUGACAAAGCAUUAGGUGCUCUGCCCGAUGGCGGUUACAUUAAACUUGUUGACGACGACGGCCAAGAAGCUGGAAAGUUCUACAUUGGAGCCAGUGGCUUCCUCAGGGAUGACGCGUAUGAAGUCAUAAUACAACUUCGGAAAAAGGAGUCAGCAAAAAAAGAUAAUGAAAAAGAAACCAGCAAAAAUCCACAGGACGUUCUAGAGAAGGUUGAAGAAACAAAAGAUCAAGAUCUAGUAUCUUCACAAAGUAAAGAAACUUGUUCAGUAAAUGAAAUACCAGAAUUGAUAGAAAUAAAUCCAAAUGACGAAAUUAUAGGUCAAGGCAAACAGGCUGAUAAAAUAUCACCCUUACCAACUCCUUCUAGCAAAAAAACCAAUGAUGGUGCCCCCAAACAUACAGUAACUCAAGUAGAUGGAAAUGACAAUGAACACGUUUCUUCAGAAUCAACUAGUGAGCCUGUUGAUAAAACAGCCAAUUCUAAAAAGUAUGUAGAUAAAGGUGUCUACACAACAUGUCAACUUUCAUAUGCUAUCCCUAGUCAUGUGCCCAAAACAGAUCCUAUCUCUAGACCUGCUACGUCAACGUACACGCAAACUUCGAUUGAGUCUCCAAAUCAGAGGCCGGUGUUCAUGCACAUGAGUUCUUCUACUUCGACAGCGUAUAUGAGUCCCCCUGAGAUGAUCUUGCCGAAAUACCUGAAGCAAGGCUACAAUACCCGCGCUGAAAAAUUGCAAGGAAAGAAUGAAAAUUGCAAGAACGAAAAUUGUAGGAGUAAACGAUGCAAAUGUCAUAAAACAUCAGCUCCAUGCAGAAAAACGGGAAGCGCUCAUAAGAUCUUGACCACUCCUCCUAACACCGCUAGAUACGAAGACGAUAGCAGUGAUAUAUGGGUCCAUGAACUUGACCCCCCAGUGCAAAGAAUCCAUAGCAGGAAAUGCCAUAAGUUCGACACAAAUAACCGUCAGGGUCAUAGUAAAACUAAGAUUAAUGUGCCUAUACCCAAACAUUCAUCACACAACGUAGUAAUGCGUGUUACCUCAAGCACUGCAUCGACAUUCAGAAACAAAAAUAGCAAAAUCCAUAAAUCUGAUUUGAAUCCUGUCAUAAAAAAAUAUAUCAACAGAUUACUAGAACUAAAUAGAGAUGGAAUUAAAGCAAUUGAAGUCGCCAAUCAAGAAUGUAGUUCAGUGACUACUCCAGGAAGUUCUAUUGUAGAAGUGCCAACCAAUAUCAACGAUAAAAAAUUGGAUAUACAACAUAAAAUAUCUUUAGAACAGAUAAAGAAUGAUCUGAAACAGAAAAUAUUGGAGGAAUAUGUUAAAGAAAGUACAUGUAACAAUUCUGUACAAACUUUAGGCAGUAACCUGAAGCCGAGGUCGAGUUUGUAUAAAUUGCCAAAAAAGAGAUCAGUUCAUAAAGUGAAGUCCUUAAAUAUAUCGAAAAGACUUAUAAACACAAAAAAAUCGAAUGAAAGCAAGACUAAGUGCUCUGCAACCAGAAAUAUGAAAUCAAAUCCUAGCACUUCGUCUCCGUCAUCUGCUAGAGAAGUGUUUAAAAAACCGGACUCUUUACCUAAUAAAACGAAGUCACGCAGCAAAAGUUCACCUACUCCUAGGCAGUAUCCAAAUUUUGAAUUUCCACAGAAAAGUUCUAAAGUAGACUCGCAGGAUUCGACGCCAACUGAUAUCGCUGUUAAAACGAAUCGUAGCGGCAGUAGAAAUAAAGUGCAGCAUAUUAAUCGAAAUCAGUCAAAAUCAAGCGAAUUAAUUUUGCCUUUUAACAAAUCUACCACCACUUCUCCAGAAUCGGAGACGAAUAUGCGGAAACGCCCUAAAUCAGAUGAAGUUGCUGCAAAUAUAUCCACACAAACCAGUCAAGAUCUUGAUGGAGAAAUAAAUCUUAUGAAAUUAGCAGAAGACAAGUUACAAAAUAUGGAAAAAAUUGCUGAUUUGACGGAAAAAUGCACAAAAAGAUUAUCCAACCUUGCCAAAGUAUUGGAAGAAGUCCGAAGAAACAAAUCAUUAGCUUACAGUCAAAUAUCAACAUCGGAUACUGCAUCUGACUCUGAACAAAAACCCGCCAAAAGUAGUCACGAUUCCAAACAAUUUGAUUCAAAACCUGAAUUGCCUGAUAAAAUUGAUCCGAAGUUUUCGAGUCUAUCCUCUGAGAACCAUGAUAGCAAAGAUCUGUCAGACACAUCUGAAUAUAUACCUUUUUUGACAAAUAUUCCUAAACCUACUGAAUUUAAAUACCCUGCUCAACCAAUCCCUGAAAACCAUACCAAUAUAAAAACUAAGCCGUUGGGAAAUUCGAACAUAGAUAAUUUGGUUGGGAAAAAUAGAGGAAAGCCGCCUCCUGCACUAUCUCGAAUUCAUUUAAAAAACGGACAAGACAUCGUUCCUCAUGAGCUUUCGACAGUGGUCGAAGUUGAUUCUCCUAUGAGUGUAAAACUGAAGAACCAAUCAUCACGUAAUAAUACUAAUUAUGACGUGCCAGAUUCGUCAUUUAAUAACAAUGUCAGCAAGAGCCAGAAGGAAAAUGAGGAACUGGUGACGAUUCCCACUGAUACAGAAUAUCAAGUUAAUCCUGAUUUAUUACAAAGCAAUAACAUGAACGUAAAUGUUCCUAAACAAUCCAUCAAAAGAAUAUCAUCGACUGAUUCUUCGGAUGAUUCCAAGGCACAAAUGAUGGAUUUGAAACAGUUUAAUGAAUUAAUGCUUAAGCCAUUUAUAAGUAUUCAAGAAUUUGCAAAACAAUGUGAUAUCGGGGCGUUAGAUGACGGGUCCAAUCUGGAAGACAAUCCAAAAGAUGAUUUGAUAAAUGACGAAAUGAGUUCAUUGCAUUCUGAUGGAAGUUUGCCAGAUGUAAUUGCAGAGUUGUUAAAACGAAAUAUAAUUACUGAACCAUUUAAAUUUGAUACUGUAAACUCAACUACUGUUUCUUCAGAGUCUACACUGUCGGUCUUGGCACUGUCAAAAGUCCGAAAAGAAAAGAAAAAAUCGAGUGUAGUAUUUCAAAAUAAAGAAAAUGUAUCUGAAACAUCUGAUUCGUUAAGUAUAUCUUCGAAUCCCGAUCUGGAAAAUGCUUUUAAAAAACUGGGAAUGGGCUGGGCGUCUUCGACGCUAAAGAAAACCAAGGAGCGUUUAGCUUUGUCCUCUUCUUCAAAUACGUCAAGCUCGAGUUUAUCGCAGUUCAAAUUGAAAGGGUUGAACAAUCAAGACAUUCCAGCAUUGGUUACUGAUUCCAUGUCAUCGGCGACUAAAAUCUCAAAAAGGCCACAGCAAGAUAAGCAUACAUCUGAAAUUUCUAAGAAUGCUGAACAGCAAACAUCCUUCAUGAAUUCGAUGACCGUCAAAGAAUUCUUGACGAAUGAACUUGCCAAAAAAAUUACGUUUACAAAUAAGUCGCACAGAAACGACACUGAGGAGGAAUUUGUGUCUCUGUUCGAGACAAAGAUUCCUGAAGAAAUGAAGCAUUUGUCUCAAACUAUACGCGAAGAGCGUUCAAUGGAUAGUUUGCCAAGUGGGCAUAACCGCGCGCGAACUUCCACGCCAGUGCAGCUAUUUAAAUCUAUGACUUACCAUUCGAGCUCCAGCUCUAACAUGUCGAAUGGUCUAUUCAGUAACGCAGACGACCUGUCUUCGGUGAAAGUAACUUCCAACUCCAUACGUAAUCAUUCCACUUCAGAUAAGGACGACUUGACCAUUCCUAAUUGUAGUCUAAAGAGGAAAGGUGCCUCGGAUUGUAGCAAAAGCGAGUGAUUUGUUUUUGUCAAAUUAUUUAUUUUUAUAUUUGUGAAGAUUGAGAAGUUGACUUUUUUUUUGUAUAUUUGUGUUUAA